GGCAGCUACGGUUUGGAUGAAGCAAAAUAGAGAACCAAAAGCCAAGGUAGAAGAAUGCAUGAGAAUGACUUGCAAACAUCGCUAUGACUGGAUUAGAGCAGAAAACCCUCCAACAAUCACAGAAGUACUAGAUCGGUAUCCACGCCUUCUAGAUCCUGGAAUUAUUGAUGCUGACUAUCGGCAAGCAAUAUCGGAGAAGACUGCCGACAGUUUGUAUGCCAAGUGGCCGAGGAUUGCGCCAAGGAUUCUACAAUAUGCAAAUUUACAGGAGGUUAAGUGGAGGAAGGAAUUGGGAAUGGAAAAUUCUACCAGCAGUGAGCUUUGUGAAGAAGAGCAACAAAUGCUAGCUUUCAGUAUACUGCCUCUUCUGUUUAUGGGAAGAUGCAAAGAUAAGAGUGGAAGGUGCUCUGCUGUGAACUCACUCAAGGCAUUUAUUGAUCACAUAUCUGAGAGCACAGACAUGCCACAGUACUUGACCGAAACCAGGGUAACGGAAAGACCACCUGUUUAUAUUCUCACACACGGAGGAACCCGGUGGAAACCUCAACAAACGUUCUUAAUCCUUGAACAUCGACCUGUACCAUGCUCGUCUCUCAUCCAAGCAGUGGACGUUUGCUUCAAAGCUAUUUACAUUCUAGACAUUGAAUACCACCCUCAUACUUGUUCUGUGAUGGAAUUUCUCCAGCACAUAAUCUACGGCAUUCCACCAGGUAGCCUCGUCAGAAGGGCACUGAUUAGCUUCCGAACUUGGUUCAAUAACUGAAACAACACUUAAAAAUUGAGGUGCAAGGUCCCUUUGAUGGGUCUAUAACAUGGGAACUUUUAUUGUCUGUUGAAGAAUGUUGAUGGUACUUAGGCUGCGUUUAUGUGACCUCAAGCCAGAAUCAUGAUUUGAAUCGUGAUUUAAAACACAAACAUGAAUCACAAUACCACAGAAUCAGCGUUUAGACGACCUUCAUUCCAAUGCUGUUUAUCCUCGGAUUGGCGCCGAUCCAUUGCGCAUCACAGUGCGCAGUUUGACAGAGCUUCGUCAACUUUUUCACACAUGUUUCGGAUUUAAAAAAAAAUCAAUCUUUUGCUUCCAGAAUUCAAUCUAUUAUACCUCAUUUUGUUUACUUCAUUUAAUCUUGUCGGUUUAUCGAAAAUGGUGUUCGGAAGUGAUUUUCAGCGCAGAUCCAAAUUUAAUAAUAUUGACCGUGUUCAUUUACUAGAACUUGAAGUUGCAGACAUGGACAAAAAAAUGAAUAGCAGUGGAUGAUGCGAUGACCAACACAGAACUUAGAAGUUAAAUUCAUGUAAAAAGAAAUGCAUACAUGGCACAUUAUGUACAUACACUGAGCCUAGCGCACACCUAAUUAAGUUUGGCAAGGGUCAAACUGAAAGCAGUUCGACACAGUGACAUCAUGGAAUUAUGAUUCAAAUCACGAUUGCGUUUAUACGACUUAUUUUCGUUUGUGAUUCUACACAAAUGUCUUUUCAAACGCCCCUUGUUCCGUGUUUCAUGUUUCUGAUUUGAAAGAUGAUUAUUUUCACUUUUGACUAUAAUGCAAUCGUGAUUCUGCAGACUCAUAAUUUGAAUCAUGAUUCUAGGGUAUAAAGGUGGCACAUAAAUGCACCCUUAAUCAUUGAAAAGCUGUUUUGAAUAGCCUUUGAUCAUGGUAAAAUGAUUUGAUCACGGUAAAAUGAUUUGGUCACAGUAAAAUGAUUUGAUCACGGUAAAAUGAUUUGACCAUGGUAAGAUCAUCUGAUCACUGUUAAAUGAUUGAUUGCUCAUAAAAUGCUCAAAUCUUGCCGCGUAUGGUAAUUAAUGUUGAUUUUGCUAUUGAUAGUAGCUUCUAAUUUUGAUUUUGAUUGAAUGUAGAUCACUCUUAAUACGGGUACUUUUUCAAAGGCUGCCUCCGACAUGUUUGAUUUUGAUUUGAUAAAUGAUUGUGGUGAAUGAAACCUUACUUUAAAAUGAUUUGCCAUGGCCAAAAUUAAGGAAACUUGUUACUGAUAACAACUUAUUUGGAUACCCUAUUGCUAUUGAGGGGAUCAAAUAUAUUGAAAUACCAAAAUACAGAGAAAUUGCCAUAUCGAAGUUAACAUUACAAUGUUAUAGUUAUAUUGUCUCAAC